AUGGCUUCUUUAGCUGCAGAUAAUGAGCUGUCCGCCGUCAUUGUCAACAUGACAUUCUUGACUCUGGAUGACACGCGCAUUUGGUUUGACACGACCUCCAUAGAUUCAGUAAUGCAAGGUGCUCCUGAGACGGCCUUCAUCUUCACUAGAACCGACACCGGGCAAGAACGCGUCCCGUCCAACAAACGCACUUUUGGAAUGGCUUUCGGCUCGCCCUACACCACGGAACCAAGCACUGCGAAAAAGGUUGUAGUUGGCCACCCGCGACAAGACGAUGCCAACGUGGCUUUGUCUCUGAAAACCUCCUCACUUACAACCACCUGCUCUGAGGCGACUUCCAUCUUGAAGUCCACAACCCUGAAAAGCUGCCUUCGGAAAGGUAAUCCACCUGGCUCCAAUGCCCGUCCUUCCUCCAUUAGACCCAGGAAGCACGUCCGGUUUAUGGAUGGUACCUCUCUAGCGUCUUAG